AUGCGCUUCCUCAAUUUCGACCUCUCAGCUCUUCCAUCGUACAAAGAACACGUUUUGACCCCACUGAAGCGACCCACGAAAGAAGGCGAAGUAGAGCCGCUGCUCCUUAACCUCGGUACAUGCUUUGGCCAAGACAUCCGGAAGCUCAUCUUUGACGGCGCAAUGUCCCAUUGA